UGUCCUCCAACUCAUAGAGAUCCACCUGCCUCUGCCUCACAAGUGCUAGGAUUAAAGGUGUGUAAUACCAUACCUAGUCUUUGAAUGUUUUGAGGGUUAAUAUAGAGUUACUUACUGAGAUGCUGGGGAACAAAUCCAGGGCAGUGGACUUGUUAGGCAAGCUUUGUUCCCUUGAGUUAGAGAGCUUCAGUUCUUUUCUCUUGUUUUACAGCUAUCCCACAUUCCUCAAGGAGAUUUUGAUUCCUUCUUAAAGCCUUCUUGGAUACCUUUGUUCUGGUUUUUGAUAGAGUUUCAGUACUAUACCAACUGCUUCCUAAGAAAGUGCUGAGAUAGAGUAUUAUUAGAAUACAAGAGCUUCUGAGUCUAUCCUGAACUUAGUUCGUGUACAUUUUGGGAACUUAUUUUAGAAAAGAUCUAAGUUUUAAAAAAUUCUCAAUGGACAGACAGAGAAAAGAGGGUCUUUGCCAACUCCUUUGGACUGGUGCAGUCAGAAUGUCUUUCCCCCCUCAUUUGAAUCGCCCUCCUAUGGGAAUCCCAGCUCUCCCUCCGGGGAUCCCACCCCCACAGUUUCCUGGCUUUCCUCCACCAGUACCUCCAGGGACGCCGAUGAUUCCUGUACCAAUGAGUAUUAUGGCUCCUGCUCCAACUGUCCUAGUACCUACCGUGUCCAUGGUUGGAAAGCAUUUGGGAGCCAGAAAGGAUCAUCCAGGCUUAAAAUUAAAAGAAAAUGAUGAAAAUUGUGGCCCUACUACUACAGUUUUUGUUGGGAACAUUUCUGAGAAGGCCUCAGACAUGCUUAUACGACAGCUCUUAGCUAAAUGUGGUUUGGUGUUGAGCUGGAAGAGAGUGCAAGGUGCUUCUGGGAAACUUCAAGCUUUUGGAUUUUGUGAGUAUAAAGAGCCUGAAUCUACCCUCCGUGCUCUCAGAUUAUUGCACGACCUUCAGAUUGGAGAGAAGAAGCUACUUGUUAAAGUUGAUGCAAAGACAAAGGCACAGUUGGACGAAUGGAAAGCAAAGAAGAAAGCGAAUGGGAACGCCAGACCAGAAACUGUCACUAAUGAUGAUGAAGAAGCCUUAGAUGAAGAAACAAAGCGAAGAGACCAGAUGAUUAAAGGGGCCAUUGAAGUUUUAAUCCGAGAAUAUUCCAGUGAACUAAAUGCCCCCUCACAGGAGUCUGACUCUCACCCCAGGAAGAAGAAAAAGGAAAAGAAGGAGGACAUUUUCCGUAGAUUUCCAGUGGCCCCAUUGAUCCCUUACCCACUCAUCACCAAGGAGGAUAUAAAUGCUAUUGAAAUGGAAGAAGACAAAAGAGAUUUGAUAUCCCGAGAGAUCAGCAAAUUCAGAGAUACACACAAGAAACUGGAAGAAGAGAAAGGCAAAAAAGAAAAAGAAAGACAGGAAAUUGAGAAAGAACGGAGAGAAAGAGAGAGGGAACGUGAAAGGGAACGAGAAAGGCGAGAACGGGAACGAGAAAGGGAAAGAGAACGUGAACGAGAAAAGGAAAAAGAACGGGAGCGGGAACGAGAACGGGAUAGGGAUCGUGACCGCACAAAAGAGAGAGACCGAGAUCGAGAGAGAGACCGGGACCGAGAUCGAGAACGGAGCUCAGACCGAAACAAGGAUCGGAGUCGAUCAAGAGAAAAAAGCAGAGAUCGUGAAAGGGAACGGGAGCGGGAAAGAGAGAGAGAACGAGAACGGGAACGAGAACGAGAGCGAGAGAGAGAACGGGAGAGAGAACGGGAACGGGAAAGAGAGAAAGACAAGAAAAGAGACAGAGAAGAGGAUGAAGAAGAUGCAUAUGAACGAAGAAAACUUGAACGAAAACUGCGAGAGAAAGAGGCUGCUUAUCAAGAGCGCCUUAAGAAUUGGGAAAUCAGAGAACGAAAGAAAACUAGGGAAUAUGAGAAGGAGGCAGAAAGAGAAGAAGAAAGAAGAAGAGAAAUGGCUAAAGAGGCUAAGCGACUAAAAGAAUUCCUAGAGGAUUAUGAUGAUGAUAGAGAUGACCCGAAGUACUACAGGGGUAGUGCUCUUCAGAAACGAUUGCGUGAUAGGGAAAAAGAAAUGGAAGCUGAUGAACGAGACAGGAAGAGAGAGAAGGAAGAGCUUGAGGAAAUCAGGCAGCGCUUACUGGCAGAAGGGCAUCCAGAUCCAGAUGCAGAGCUCCAGAGGAUGGAACAAGAGGCUGAGAGGCGCAGGCAACCUCAAAUAAAGCAAGAACCAGAAUCAGAGGAAGAAGAAGAAGAAAAGCAAGAAAAAGAAGAAAAACGAGAGGAGCCUGUGGAAGAGGAGGAAGAACCAGAGCAAAAGCCUUGUCUCAAGCCAACUUUGAGACCCAUCAGCUCUGCCCCAUCUGUGUCCUCUGCCAGUGGCAACGCGACCCCCAACACUCCUGGGGAUGAGUCUCCUUGCGGUAUUAUUAUUCCUCAUGAAAACUCACCAGAUCAGCAGCAGCCUGAGGAGCAUAGGCCAAAAAUAGGACUAAGCCUUAAAUUGGGUGCUUCCAAUAGUCCUGGCCAACCUAAUUCAGUGAAGAGAAAGAAACUACCUGUAGAUAGUGUCUUUAACAAAUUCGAGGAUGAAGACAGUGAUGAUGUGCCCCGAAAAAGGAAACUUGUUCCCCUGGAUUAUGGCGAAGAUGAUAAAAAUGCCACCAAAGGCACUGUAAACACCGAAGAAAAGCGCAAACACAUUAAGAGUCUCAUUGAGAAAAUUCCCACAGCCAAACCUGAGCUCUUUGCUUAUCCUUUGGAUUGGUCUAUUGUGGAUUCUAUACUGAUGGAACGAAGAAUCCGGCCAUGGAUCAAUAAGAAAAUCAUCGAAUACAUAGGUGAAGAAGAAGCUACAUUAGUUGAUUUUGUUUGUUCUAAGGUUAUGGCACAUAGUUCUCCACAGAGCAUUUUAGAUGAUGUUGCCAUGGUACUAGAUGAAGAAGCAGAAGUUUUUAUAGUCAAAAUGUGGAGAUUAUUGAUAUAUGAAACAGAAGCCAAGAAAAUUGGCCUUGUGAAGUAAAACUUUUUACAUUCAGAGUUACAUUUCAGACUUCUUCUUUCACACCCUUCAAAGGACUUUGAAUUUUCUGUGUCUUCAAAGACAUUUGUGAGAUCUGUAAUUUUUUAAUGUAGAAAAUGUGAAUUCUUUUGUCCUCUAAUUUGUUGAUGCUCUGUGUACUCACUCGGGUGUAAAGCCAUCUGUGUCCUUGGUCCUCUUUAUGCUCACCAGGCACAGGCUACUGGUGUGUUUUAUAAGCUGCAGCUACUGUACACAGCCUAUCUGAUAGCAUCUUGUUCUGCUGAUUUGUUCCUUGUAAAUAUUAAAAUGGCUCCCCAAUUCUUUUGCAGAAUUCUACUUACUAUUAAAACUGUAUUGUAUAGGCGCCAACAUGAAUAAGUUGAAUACUAGUCAUACCCUUACAGCCUCAUUCCCACUUUCCUGAUCAGAAAUGGCAAGCCCUUGUAACGGCAUGGAGUUUAAAAUUAGAGUGCAAAACCUAGCAGACAGCUCCUUCCUAAUGUACCUCUGUAUUAAUGUGUUUAUGUGAAUGUAUGUAUAAAAGUCUUUUUUAAAAUUUUUUUGGUGGGUUCCCUUAAACAUUUCGUAAUCAUCAAUACACACAUAAAGGAAAAAGUGAUAAUUGUGCCAACCCAAAUAGCUAGGAUAAUUACGGUGUAUUUCCCAGAGACUGGUAUUCUGCGGUGAGCAACACCCUGCUGACCAGUUUUGUUCUUCUGUGACUAGGAUGAUACAUCAUAAUUUUACCCCUCUCUCAACCUGGUGGCUCAGAAUUGAAGCAGAGUCUAGAAUUCUGGAGCAUUUUGCUCAAUACAGUUUCAACUUGUCUUCAUUUAAUUUUGGUGUAUUCACUUUAAUAAAACAAUUCCAGAAGUGUAAGGUGGGGGAGGAGCUCACUUUGUUUUUAAAAUGACGGGGAUGACCUCAGCGAGAGAGCUCAUGCUUACUUAGCAUGAACGAGGGCCUGGGCUCUAUUCCCCGCACCAGUACGUAAGUGAAUAAGGUAAGUUUACAAAAGAGCUUUGACAAAACACAAUAGUCAGUCACCACAUCUUUCUUCCCAAAAUCCAUCAUCCAAGACACACUCAAGACAGUUUCCUGCUCACAGCAUUUUAUUACUGCUCAUCAAGCCUGAACUAUAUUGAUGACAAGAAACUCUUGGACUUUAUUAGUAAUUCAGAAGAUCACUAGGGGCAAAAUUUAUUCGAAAAGUACCAAGUUCUAAACAGCUCCGUCAAGAAAUUCGGUGUGGCUGCUGCCAUGUUUGCUUACUAAAAAGAUAAAGAUCGGGUUGUUAGAAUAAUGAAACUGUGAGCUUGAGUUACUAGGGUUUUUGUUUUUUGUUUUGUCUUUUUUUUUUUAACAUUUGAGAGGACGUCCAAAACACUGUUUUUAAUGUUCAACCUUGACAUGGUUUCAUUAUGUAAAUAUUUCAGUUAUUAAAAAUGUAUAUAUUUGA